AUGCGUUUCUCAACACUCUUUGCCUCUGUAGGCCUUGCAGGCUCUGCCCUUGCCGGCAUUGUUCCCCGAUCUUACAGGGUCCCCGCUGCGAAUGGCUUCCCCAACCCUGAUGCUUCACAGGAGAAGCAGAUCGCUAUCCAGGCUGGUGGAAAGCUCCCCGGUGCUCCUCUUCCUACCACUCUCGGUGUUGGUUCUACCACAGCUUUCCAGCUGAUUGCCUUCAACGAGCUCUUUGAGACUGCUUACUUUUGCUCUCUUCUCUACAAUGUCACCAAUGGCAUUGAAGGAUACAAGGUUGAGGGUGACAAAUUGCAUGAGGCCAAGCAUGUUCUCAAGACUGUCCUUGCUCAAGAAGAGCAGCACGCCAUCGGAGCCCUGGCCACUCUCAAGUCAGCUGGCAAAUUUGCCCCUUCACCUUGCAAAUACCAAUUCCCCGUCGACAACCUCAAGGACGCCAUCCUUCUCGCUGAGACCUUCACCGCAGUUGUUCUCGGUGCUCUCCAAGACGCCAACGUUGUCUUCGCUAGCGAGGGUCUUCCAGAGGUUGUCCGCCUGAUCUCGUCCGUCAUCGGCCAAGAGGGUGAGCAAAAUGGGUUCUACCGUAUCUACCUCGGCCAAGUUCCUUCUGAGUCACCAUUCCUGACCACUGUCCCUGCUGCUUUUGCCUGGUCUGCUCUCCAGGGUUUUAUUGUUCCUGGAUCUUGCACUGAGGACAUCAAGAAGAUCGACCUUCCCAUCUUCCCUGCUCUCCAGGUCAACGGUGGUGCCAUUGCUGUUCUUGAGGCUGAGGACCAGAGCCUAACUUUCAGCGCCACUCUUGAAGAGUCUCACAAGGGCGAGGAUAUCUACAUCACCUACACCACUGGCCAGCAGCUUCCCUACAGUGUCAAGGCUGAGAACGUCAAGUGGAACGGCAAGAGUGUCAAGCUUGAGGCUGAGUUCCCUUACCACAAGCUGGUCGCUCAGGGCUUCACCCACGCUGCUCUGACUACUUCCAACAACAUUGCCACUCCUGAUGACGUUCCCAAAUUCACUCUUGCUGCUCCCGGUCUUAUUCAAGUCAAGAACCCUCUUGACGGAGGCAAGGGAGGCUACUCUGACUAA